AAAAAUAAAAGGAAAAACUGGACGGCACUGGCCGGCGGAUCAUCAGAAGCGGCAGAGAUGUCACUCUGCAUAUGGACUCACCCACAACUCCUCCACGCCUACUCUUCUCCUUCUUUAUUGGCUUCCUGUAAACACCUUCCUAGGUGGAGGAGUUGAGGAUAUAAGGGGAGUCCAAAAUGGUGGUGGCCAAGUCGGUUGCCCUCGACGCAAUCAUCAAGGAAGCUGUUGAUCUGGAGAAUGUCCCGCUGAGCGAAGUUUUUGAUCAUCUGAAAUGCACGAGAGAUGGUUUAAGCUCCGAUGAAGUCCAAGAGCGGUUGGAUUUAUUUGGUUACAAUAAGCUUGAAGAAAAAAAGGAAAGUAAAAUCUUGAAGUUUCUGGGAUUUAUGUGGAAUCCUCUGUCCUGGGUCAUGGAAGCUGCAGCUAUCAUUGCCGUUGCUUUUACACAAGGAGGGUCACAACCAGCAGAUUAUCAUGAUUUUGUUGGCAUCCUUGUCCUCCUCGUUAUCAAUUCUACCAUCAGUUUUAUAGAAGAAAACAAUGCAGGCAAUGCGGCAGCUGCUCUUAUGGCUCGUUUGGCCCCAAAAGCAAAGGUCUUGCGCAAUGGAAAAUGGGCAGAAGAAGAUGCUGCUGUAUUGGUUCCUGGAGACAUAAUUAGCAUCAAACUUGGUGAUAUCGUUCCCGCUGAUGCCCGUCUUCUUGAAGGAGAUCCUUUAAAGAUUGAUCAGUCUGCUCUUACUGGAGAAUCGCUUCCGGUGACCAAAAAUCCUGGUGAUGGAGUUUACUCGGGAUCAACAUGCAAGCAGGGAGAGAUUGAAGGGGUUGUUAUUGCAACAGGAGUUCACACUUUCUUUGGAAAGGCAGCUCAUCUUGUGGAUAACACAACACAUGUUGGCCAUUUCCAGCAGGUAUUAACGUCAAUUGGAAACUUUUGCAUUUGUUCCAUUGCCGUUGGGAUGGCAAUUGAAAUCAUAGUAAUAUACGGGAUUCAUGGGAGGGAAUACCGUACUGGUAUUGAUAACCUUCUCGUCCUCCUAAUCGGUGGGAUCCCUAUUGCUAUGCCAACUGUUCUUUCUGUCACAAUGGCCAUCGGUUCACAUCGUUUGUCCCAGCAGGGUGCCAUAACAAAGAGAAUGACUGCCAUUGAAGAAAUGGCAGGGAUGGAUGUUCUAUGCAGUGAUAAAACAGGAACACUGACACUUAACAAGCUUACAGUGGACAAAAUUAUGAUUGAGGUUUUUGCCAAGGGCGUUGACAAGGAUCAGGUUAUGCUUAUGGCUGCAAGAGCAUCAAGGCUCGAAAAUCAAGAUGCUAUUGAUACUGCAAUUGUUUCCAUGUUGGGAGACCCUAAGGAGGCACGGGCCGGAAUCAGAGAAAUUCACUUCCUUCCAUUCAAUCCUACCGAUAAAAGAACUGCACUCACAUACAUUGAUGCCGCUGGUAAAAUGCACAGGGUCAGCAAAGGUGCACCAGAACAGAUUCUUAAUCUGGCACAUAACAAAUCAGCAAUUGAGAAGAAGGUACACGCAAUGAUUGAUAAGUUUGCAGAACGUGGACUACGAUCCCUUGGUGUUGCUCUCCAGGAAGUACCUGCUGGAACCAAAGACAGUCCUGGUGGACCCUGGGAAUUUGUUGGUCUUCUCCCUCUCUUCGACCCUCCUCGUCAUGACAGUGCCGAGACAAUCAGAAGAGCUCUGGAUCUUGGUGUCAGCGUUAAAAUGAUCACUGGGGACCAACUUGCAAUCGGUAAGGAAACAGGAAGGCGGCUUGGGAUGGGUACAAACAUGUAUCCUUCUUCAGCUCUGCUUGGUGAAAGUAAGGAUGGGGAUCUUGCUACCGUUUCCAUUGAUGAACUCAUUGAGAAAGCCGAUGGUUUUGCUGGCGUCUUUCCUGAGCAUAAAUACGAGAUUGUGAAGAGAUUACAAGCUAGAAAGCACAUCUGUGGAAUGACUGGUGACGGAGUGAAUGAUGCCCCUGCCUUAAAGAAAGCUGACAUUGGAAUUGCAGUCGCAGAUUCCACAGAUGCUGCACGUAGCGCUUCUGAUAUAGUUUUAACAGAACCUGGAUUGAGUGUGAUCAUUAGUGCUGUGUUAACAAGCCGUGCAAUUUUCCAGAGAAUGAAAAACUAUACGAUAUAUGCUGUCUCAAUCACCAUUCGUAUUGUGCUAGGUUUUAUGUUGCUGGCUGUCUUCUGGAAAUUCGACUUCCCUCCUUUCAUGGUUCUUGUCAUUGCUGUUCUUAACGAUGGUACUAUCAUGACCAUAUCCAAAGAUAGGGUCAAACCAUCUCCAUUUCCUGACAGUUGGAAGCUCAGUGAGAUUUUUGUAACUGGAAUUGCCCUCGGUGGUUACCUUGGCCUAACUACUGUUUUGUUCUUCUGGAUAUCUUAUGAAACCAACUUCUUUCCGGAAAAAUUUAACGUAAGAGACUUCAAUAAACACCAUUUUAACAUGAAAAAUAAGGAUGAAGCUGCUAUACUAAACGAUCAGAUGUCGUCAGCUUUGUAUCUUCAAAUCAGCACCAUCAGCCAGGCCUUGAUAUUUGUCACUCGCUCCCGCGGUUGGUCUUUCGGUGAAAGACCUGGCUUUUUGCUUGUCAUUGCCUUCAUCAUCGCUCAACUGAUUGCGACAGUUAUAUCCGCAACAGCAACGUGGAAAUUUACAAAAAUCAGAAGUAUUGGUUGGGGCUGGACUGGUAUAAUUUGGAUGUACAAUAUCGUCAUUUACAUGCUGCUUGAUCCUAUCAAAUUCGCUGUCCGUUACGCACUCGGUGGAAAGGCUUGGGGUUUAAUAGUAGACCAAAGAACCGCAUUUACCAGCAAAAACGACUUUGGGAAGGAAGCUCGUGAGGCUGCGUGGGCAACUGAACAGCGAACGCUGCAUGGCCUCCAAUCUCGCGAAACAAAAAAGUUUACAGAGAAGGGCACUUUUAGGGACAUUAAUCUCAUGGCCGAAGAAGCUAAAAGGCGGGCAGAGAUUGCAAGGUUGAGGGAGCUUCACACUCUGAAGGGAAGGGUUGAGUCAUUUGCCAAGCUGAAGGGUAUAGACAUUGAUGCCAUCAACCAAAACUACACCCUCUAGUCGCUGUUCUGGAUUACACAUGUUUUUCAAUGUAUUCUUUUACCAAUACGAAGUCCA